UCCAGUUGUUCAUGCUCGGAUGCGGCGGCCUCUCUAGGAGACGGAUCGCCUCGCUUGGCGGUCCCUUCCUACACUGUAGUGUCACAUCUAUAGUCGACAGUGCAGUGCCGCCGCCUCACACACUCAUCAUGCUGGACGGCGUCAAGUACCCGGGCAAUGCUGGGAAUGUCCUCUCCAAUGCGGGCAAGCUGGGGUGCUCCGCGGUCUUGCUCGGUCGUUCGAGGAGGUCCUCUCAACCUUACCAACAGUGAACUCCAACGUUACGAGACAGCUGAGAUACUCGACUGGUGCCUCAGGGAUUUCGCCCUGUCAGCCUUGUGCUCGUCUAGUACGGUUCGCCGUGGAGGAAUACCUCUCGUGUUGAACGUCCAUUGUGUGGACACGAUACACCUCCUGCGAGAGGAGUAUGCUUAUCGAGUGAUCCUUAUCGAGAACAAGGAAGUGGCCGUCGACCAUGGCUUACCCUUCAUCGACUUGAGUUGCGAGGCAUCUGCGCGGGCCGAGAUAUCUACACCUCGAGUGUUGUUCGUUGGUGGGGGAGAGCUCGAAGGAGUUGGACCGCUCAUCCCGAAGAUUCCGACUGUUUUCGACCACCAUCACAGCUACAAUGUGUGUACUGCGAUGACUCUAGUGAUGUUCGAGCGAUAUCGAUUCACUAAGACCUGGCCUCGACCCAGCAUGCUGCCACCAUUGUCAGACGGGGAGCUUGCUGCUCUACGUGAGCAGAGGGUAGGAACGAGGGGGAAGGAUCAUGAUCAGUUCUAGCGUUGUUUCUGGU